AUGAUUGCGUCAAGUGGUUGUUGGCGGAGAUCAGUUAUCGAGCCUCAUUCGGCCUCGAACCUGGCGUCGGUUGGAGGCCCGACCUGCCUGCGUCCUCCACUCCUUUCUACGCACGAGUACCACUACGAGGCACUGAUUGUUCUAGCAGGAGGCGCACGGAACGCCCUCCUCCUUCCGUCAGGCCAUCGAUCGUAUUGUCCAGCUCCUGCCCUCCGCUCGGCUAAAUUGCGCGGCUGGACAGUUGCCUUGGCGCUUUUGUCCAUCUUUUGCACUUCAGACCUUUCCGAGCUCCGUUUUUUUUGUAUCUGA